CAGUUCGUGAUUGGUUAGUCUGUGGUAAAGCUUGUCAUCGGUUAGUUGACAUUUGGUUGACAUAUUCGCUUUAUGAGUUCGGAGCGGCGAACACAUGACUUUGGCCAAGAACUGAAAAUCAGUAGGCAGAAUAUGUCAGCUGAACUACUACAGAACUUGAAUAGCGUGUAUGACAAAUGGGAGAAAAAGGCGCAGCCUUAUGGGUUGCGGAACUCUGUUGUCAAACAGAUACAGGAUAGAGCUAGGAGACCCAGUCAGAGACCAGGAUCAUAUAUGAGUGACAGACACAAUGGCUUUACUGGACCAUCAAUGACCCUGGGAAGAAGGCUAGGCCAGUUUAAAGUGGCACCAACUACGUGCGAUGCUGGGGGCAAGUACCGACCAUUCAUGGGCCUGUGCUGCAAUGUCUGUGUCCCACUAAGUCGAAACAACUUCUUUGACAAGUUAACUGCUGACAUGGAUCUCAAGAAUAACCUCAUUGUGAGCACUCAAAACAGAAACUGUGGUUAUUUAACAAGAAAGCUGUGCUAUGCUACAUUCAGCCUACAGAGAAAGUGUAGUCACAGGUAUCCAAAACUCAACAAAACUGUGCUGGAAAAUGAGAGAGUACUCGAAGCAAUACACUAUGCUGCAUGUGAAGAUGAUAAUGAGAUUAAAACAUCACAUGCUAGUGCUGUGAAGACACACAAAAAGAGAGCAAAAGAGGUGCUAACAAAAAUGGCUGCUGCUAUAUCUUCAGCUUGGAUCAGGUUAACAGGCUGGGUACUGCUGAGGGUGUUCAACCACAUGCUAGACAGCAUACAAGUUCAUCAGGGCCAAAUGGAAAUGGUGAAGAAAGCAGCAAAAAGCAAUAUUCCAGUGAUAUUCCUCCCAUUGCAUAAAAGCCACUUGGACUAUCUCUUGCUGACGUUCAUUCUGUUCUUACAUGACAUUAAGGCUCCACAUGUUGCUGCAGGUGACAACCUCAGUAUUCCCGUGUUCAGGUAUAUCCUGCGUUCACUUGGUGGAUUUUUCAUCAAAAGGAAGUUGGACCCUCAUUAUGGCAAGAAAGAUAUUGUCUACAGAGCUCUGCUACAUACGUACAUGGCAGAAUUGCUGAGACGGGGCCAGUAUGUCGAGUUCUUCAUAGAAGGUGGGAGGACACGCAGUGGCAAAGCCGGUGCACCAAAGGCGGGGCUUAUGUCUGUUGUCAUUGACACAUUCAUCGAUGGAACUGUCACAGAUGCAUACUUGAUUCCGGUUAGCAUCACAUAUGAGAAGGUUCUUGAUGGAGAGUUUAUACGGGAGAAUAUGGGUUCAAAGAAAGUGCCAGAGACUUUUUGGGGUGCAGUGAAAGCAAUAUGGAGAGUGCUCAAAACCAAUUAUGGGCACGUGCGAGUGACGUUUUGCCAGCCCUUCUCCCUACAGGAGUACGUGCAGUCCGUGCAGACGUCAUCAGGUCGAGGCUUUCUUACGGAUGGCGGCAUGGGCUUGAAAGAUCCCAGUGAAUCAUCAUUAUAUGGGACUGAUGUAGUUGAGGAAGACCAAAGGCAAUUGGUUACAAAUGUUGCUACACAUGUUGUACACGCUGCAGUGCAUGCAAGUGCAGUGAUGAGCACUAAUCUACUAGCGUUUCUACUUCUGGUGAAUUAUCGAAAGGGGGUCAGCAUGAAGGAGCUAGUUAGAAGCUUUGACUGGGUGAAGGAAGAGGUCUUAUUCCUGGAUCGAGAUUUAGGCUUCUCAGGGGAAACUACUGCAGUGAUUGCACAUGCUCUAUCUAUUUUGGACAAUCACUUGGUCAACAAGGCAUCUUCUGUGCAGUGUGAACAAACGAACAAUAACAUCGAGAACUGGCGACUUUCCCCCAAUCUAUCACUGCCGGAUGUGUUUGGAUUGACGUAUUAUGCUAAUUCAGUCACAUCCGUCUUUCUGAUAGAAAGCGUAAUAGUGAAUGCUGUACUGGCACUAAGCAGGGAGCAGUGUUCUUACAUCAAAGAGGACUCCGUUGUACUGCCCAAGCAGAGACUUAUCCGCAUGGCUACCCAACUCUGCUCUCUUCUACAAUUUGAGUUUAUCUUUACCCCACCAUGUACCAGUCUACAAACACAGCUGCUAGAUGGAUUGGAUAGACUCGUGGCAUCUGAGGUGCUUUCAGAAGAGCUGGUAGUGAAGUCGCGUCAUGCAGAUGAGGCCUGGACAGGAAACAGUGGUUUCUGCUGGGAUUCAAGCUCAGAUGAGGAUGAUGACGCCAAUACCGUGGCUACGAAAGAUGCUCUUGAUGACAGAAUUAUUCUAAAGAUGGCAAGUAAUGGUGGGCAAGCCAAGUUGCACUUCCUGGAGAAUGUCCUGCAGUCUUUGAUCGAGACAUACUGCAUAGCUGCUGCUGCCCUUCCGCACCUUCUUGGUACCACAAUGACAGAGAACAACUUUCAGCAACGCCUACAAAAAUUGGCGAUAGAACGAGUGGAGCGAGGACAGACCAGCUAUCCUGAGUCGGUCUCCAUGGACACACUGAGGAACUGCACACGUCUUUUUGAAAAGCAGAAUGUAAUUGCCCUGUACUAUCUCGACACUCAACGAAUGCUCGAACUUGAUGUGAUGUACGACACGGAAGUUGCCCUCGCUGAAUACCUUCAUGUGAUAGAACUAUUCAGAAGCUCGAGGUCUAAUUACAAGGUAUGUAGUGAUACGGAUGUAACUGCGAGAUCGUGAGGUUUAAAGUCACUUAAGCUGGGGGCUGUGUUAAUUGUUAAGAGCCAGCUAAAUUUGUGUUCUAUAAUUAAUAUAUUUGAAAUGGGAAAAGGCAAAAUGACAAGAUUCGCAGGCAUGUUAUUCAAAGGUUGUGUUCACAGUAGGUUUGCGAGAUGUUGGAUAUUAUUUACCAACGUUUGGCUGCUAUGUCAAUUCUAGAAUGGAAAACUUUGUCAGAUUAUUUUGCACGUUCUCAAACACAAACGUGAGCCUUGUGAUCAACAACAUUAUUCAAA